GCAACAGCAACACCAACAGCAACACCAACAACUCACUUCCCUUCACCAUUCUCUGCCCCUGGGACAAUCCCCCCUCCUCCCCUCCCCUCCCCUCCCCCCACCACACUCACUAGCCUUUUGCGCCUCUGCUGCCGAUAGUCGGCGGCGAUUGCCGAGUUCGCCGCCGACUUUCUCACCUAGCCUCGUCACCACCGGCUAAUUCUUGAUUGAUUUAUGCAUACCAAAAAGAGGGGAAUGGAAAACCUAUUCAGAGACUCUUCGGAUAGUUCCUCUCCGAGCGACCGCGGCGGCGGCGGCGACGAAUCGGAGCGAUCUCUGGAGCGAGAAAUUGCUUCUGAUGGGAGCUACGAUAGCCACGGCGAAGAAUCCGAGGAUAAGGGCGGGGGCGGGGAGGAUAACGACAAUGCCGAAGACAGGGACGGGGACGAUGAUCCGUCGGCGGAGGAGGAAGCGGAUGAUUCGACUGAGAAACCCGAAGCGAUUGCUGAUACCCAUGAGGACGGGAACAAUGACGACGAUCCGGUUCGCACACCGGAUGUUCAAUGUAUUCAAAAGAGGGAGUACUAUAGCGAGGAAGAAGACGAGGAGAACGAGUAUAUCCCGAAAGAUUUGGACGACGCCCUGACACCGAGGGUCGGAAUGGUGUUCGGAUCGGUCAACGAGGCCUUCGGCUUCUACAAGACCUACGCCUACAGGACGGGCUUCACCGCGGUGAGACGAACGAGCCAUAACCUCGACGGGACCCGAUACAGCUCCACCUUCGCAUGCAUCAGAGCCGGGAAGCCCACAUUCGAUCCGUACCGCAAGCUCGAUCCGUUCCCUCGGAAUCGAAGACGGCAAUCCGAUAAGAAGACGGAGUGCCGGGCCACCAUGGUGGUGAAGGAUGCGAGGCUGAAAAAUCGAUGGAGGGUGCAGUUUCUCGAGCUCAGGCAUAAUCAUCCGUGUGAGCCCGACAUGGUCAGGUUUAUGAAGUGCUUCAGAGAGUUGCCGGAUUCGGUGAAGGAGAGACAUAAGAUCAGCGAAGGGAAUCUUGGCGAAUCCCUUAAGAAGUCGUUCAAUGCAGCGACCCAAGGAAGGAGAUGCACAAUUAACCCUAGGAAGGGAGGUAGCAGGAUGGAAGGGGGGAUAAGGUUUAAGGCGGGAGAUAUUGAGGCUCUUUUGAAGUUCUUUGAUUCCAUGCAAGCGAAAGACCCAAACUUCUUUUACAAUUGGGAUCUUGACCAAGAAGGGAGGCUAAGAAAAGUUUUUUGGGCUGAUGCAAGAUCUCGAGCUGCGUAUCAUUUCUAUGGUGAUGUAAUCGCAGUAGAGACGAUGUGUUUUUCUGGUCAACCCGCUAGUCAUUUGGCUGCGCUUGUAGGAGUGAACAACCAUGGUCAGCUUGUGUUGUUGGGGUGUGCUGUGUUCUCCGAUGAAGCUAAGGAAACUUAUGCGUGGCUUCUCACGAAGUGGUUAAGGUGUAUGGAUGGUAAACCGCCGGAGGCGGUGAUUAUCCCAUAUUCUGAAGCGAUAGCAGAAGCAGUUGCAGAGGUAAUACCUGGUGCUCGGUGUCGCUUCUGUGUGUGGAAUAUCAUGAGAAAGAUUCAUGAAAGGAUGGUGCUUCAAGAUAGGGAUGUGAUAUGCUCCAAAUUCAAAAAGGUUGUUUUUGAUACCAUCACUAUUACGGAUUUCGAAAAUGUAUGGGGGAAAGUAAUUGAAAAACAUCGGCUCGGUAAUGAUGCUUGGUUGUCUUCCUUAUAUGAACAUAGGAAGCAAUGGGCGCCCGUCUUUGUGAAUCACUCGUUUUGGGCAGGUAUGUCUACCAUCAAAAGGAAUGAAAAGUUUGAUACCUUUUUUGAGGGGCAAAUGAGUUCGAAGACUUCUCUUAAAGCGUUUCUGGACCAGUACGAUGCUGUAUUGAAAAGCAGGUUAGAGAAAGAGACUUAUGAGGAUCUUCAGUCAUUUUAUUCUAGGCCACAGAUUUUAUCUGGUUUUCAGUUUGAGGAGCAGAUUGCUGAUCUCUACACGGUUAACAUUUAUCAGAAGUUUCAGAACGAGGUGAAACAAUUAAUGCAUGUUAUUUGCAAGGAAGCUGAUAGGAGCGGGCCCACAGUUACAUAUAUGGUCAGUGAGUUGGCAGAGGGGAAAAAGGUCGACUACACAGUUGUUUACAACAAUGCUGAGAAAGAUGCUUGGUGUAUAUGCCGAUCUUUCCAGUUUAGAGGUAUUUUAUGCAGCCAUGUGUUGGCUGUGCUGAGACAAGAGUAUGUAAUGUUGAUACCACCAAAGUACAUUCUUGACCGUUGGAAAAAGGAUUUUAAAAGAAUCCAUGUAACAACAAACUCACCAAAUGAGGCAAUGGUGCGGGACCUGCGAAGCUACGAUGAUGUGUACAAGCGUGGUCACCGAUUUUUUGCAGACAUUGUAGAUUUAGGAUCGUUGGAACCUGAAUUGAAGGAGUUUGUUUUGUCAGUUAUGAAGGAUGUGAGGGACAAAAUGGUCAGAUAUGUGGAGAUGCAGGCAGAGAGGUUAGUUGAUGUUAAUAUGGCUUCCACUGGCAAUGUUGUGAAUGUGAAUAUGGAAAAUGAGCAAUUGUCUAUGGCUCCAACUGAUUUCAUGCAAGUACACCGUACUGAUUUCCCACAGAAAAGGUUUAAUACUCAGAGGGAUAAGACUGUGGAGGAUGCAAAUAAGAGGUUGAACAUGCAAAGGGGCAUUUAUUUCACGAGUUCUGGCAUGCAUGUGUAAAAGGACAAAUGCCAAGUACGUGCAACAACUGAUCUAAAAGCUUUAUAGUAGUGUUGUUCCAUCUCAUAUCCUUGUUGGUCUCUUCUUUAUCUCUUCAAACCAUUGUUUUAUUUUUCUGUUUAUUUCUCUUGAACCUCUCGCUGUACAUUCUCGCUUCUUAUUUCCGAAUGCUGCUAUUGGUAGGUUAGAUUUCUUUGCUCAACAUGUACCUUUUGGUGUAAACAUACUAGAUUGUUCUGCAAAUGUGUACUUUUUGUUCUUCUAGUGAAAUCAUCCCUAUUUUUUAGUUA